AUGAUGAAACAGAUAAUUGUUAUUUGUAUUUUAGCUGGUUUAUUCAUUGCUGGGUCAAGUGCUCAACAAUGUCAAGGAGAUGACUACUUUUUUGCAUGCGUGGAAGAGGGUGAAAAAUGUAAUGGAACCCUUAUUUGUGAAUACGGAUACGGAUGUCUUCAAAACCCAUAUAUCACCAAUCCACUUUCAACCUUGGCUGAAUUAGAUGGUGGAUCUUCAUAUGAGCCAUAUGCUCCAUUUAUUUGUAUUAAAUUAGGUGCUCUUGGAUCCCCAUGUUACAAUGAUGAUCAAUGUAUGUAUGGUCUCGAUUGUUACAACUCUGGCUAUAUGGGAACUUGUCAACAAUUCUCCUUUGCUCAAUUGGGUGAAGACUGCAGAUUCAAUGAAGAAUGUUACGGAAGUUUAUUGUGUGACCCAUUCGAAAAGGAAUGUAUUGCCAACAUUGGUUCAGACUAUCAAUGUGGUAACAAUAUCCAAUGUGCAUAUGGAUACCAAUGUAACAGUACCACUAACCUUUGUGUCCCAAGAGCAUCAGUAGGACAAGAAUGUCAACAAACUAAAGAUGGUUUUUCCUACAUGUAUUGUCAAGAAGACCUUAUUUGUAACAGAGACUCUGAAGGCAAUAAUUCUUGCGUCACCCCAUUCUCUAUCGCUGCUGGAAAGGGUUGUCUUGGUGAUAACCAAGACCUCAGUGGUGAACUUGGUUUCUAUUUGUCACCAUGUCAAGCUGGAAGUAUCUGUUACAGUGGUGUAUGUGAAACUCUCAACGUCACUGCCGCAUCAGUAAACUGUUCUGCCGAUGCUUCUCAAUGCUCAUUUAUUGAAAAUUGUCAAUGCAACAAUGGAACUCGAAUGGAAGGUGCCACCGGACAAUGUGUCGCCAGAGUUGUCACCAACACCGAGACUAUCAACAAGUGCAUUGAAUACACAACCGAUCUUUUGAGCUGUCUAAAGGACAAUGAAUGUUCUGACUACUCUCUCACCCUCGAAGACGGAGGUUUCCUUGUUCCAAACUCUUGCGGUUACAGAAACUGUCACAGUGAAAUCUGUAACAUUCAAGCUGAAUGUAUCUCUCAACUUCCAAGUCCAGCUCCAUCAUGUGGUGAGGUUGAUUUGGGCGAGAUAUACUAUUGUGCCGACUUUAGUUCUGCCAGCACUCUUACAGUCUCUGGCUCCAUCCUCUUUGCCCUCAUCAUCGCUCUCCUUUUCUAA